AUGCUUCGCGGUAAUUCUGUAAGGAUAUUGACGGGGAACAGUCACCCCGAGCUCGCCCAUGCGGUGGCCGAGCGGCUCAACGUGCCCUUGACACCCUGCAAGGUCAAAAAGUUUUCGAAUGGCGAAAUUGGCGUCACAAUAUCGGAAUCUGUCCGCGACGAGGACGUGUUCAUCAUCCAGUCCGGAUGCAGCGAUGUCAACGACAACCUGAUGGAGCUCCUCAUCCUCAUCUCUGCCUGCAAGGGGUCGUCUGCGAGACGCAUUACCGCGGUUAUCCCGUGCUUUCCGUAUGCGAGGAUGGACAAGAAGGACAAGUCUCGUGCACCCAUCACUGCGAAGCUCGUUGCGAACAUGCUGGCGGUUGCAGGAUGCGACCAUGUCAUCACAAUGGAUCUCCAUGCUAGCCAAAUUCAGGGUUUUUUUGAUUUCCCUGUGGACAAUUUGUACUCCGAACCCCUGAUGAUUGCAUACAUCAAGAGGCACAUAGAGGAUUGGAAAAACGGCAUCAUCGUGAGUCCAGAUGCGGGCGGUGCAAAAAGAGUUACAGCAAUUGCAGAUAAGCUGGGUGUUGAAUUUGCCUUGAUUCACCGAGAGCGAACCGGGAAUUCAGCUAAAUCGCCUGAAAAAAUGGAGGUUCUUGUAGGCGACGUUCGCGGCAAGGUUGCUAUACUCGUAGACGAUAUGAUAGAUAGCGGGGUUACGCUCAUCCUCGCUGCUCGCUCACUUAAGGAGAAUGGAGCAGAGAAGGUUUACGCCCUCAUUUCACAUGGAUUGUUGUCCGAGACCAAUAUGAACGCGAUCCAAGAGCUUCCCAUAGAGGAGCUUGUGGUUACCAACACCAUACCGCAGGAACAGCACUCGGUCGGGUGCGCAAAGUUGGUCACCAUAGACGUGAGCCCGACGAUCGCGGAGAGCAUUCGCAGGACUCACAACGGAGAGAGCAUCAGUCUUCUCUUCGGAGAUUGGACAGGCCAAGGCGUAGGGUUUUGA